AGACGUCAUCCUUCGAUCCUUCUUAUCCUUAUUCACCUCAAUAAAGAAACAAACCCUUUCCUUGAAUUUCAUUGAUAACAUAUUACUCACGAAUAACCUAACGAAUUUAAUUCAAUCUCAAGCAAAUCUAUCAUCGCUUACAAUUACGGCAUCAAAUAAUUCGUCAUUUCAUGGGUUGAGACACCUCACGCAACUUAAAUCCCUUCACGUUAUUGAAUGUUUGAGAUUGAAUCAUGUCAUUCAACCUUUGCUCGACAUCCCUACCCCGUUGAAAAUCAACUCCUUGACGAUAUCUUGUAAAAUUACCACGAUCGUCCCGUUACAAUUGUUAUUUCAAAAGAUUGGUCCUUAUCUGGAACAUUUGGAGUUGGGUAUUUAUAAUAAUAUCAUGAGGGAAAAGGCGUUGGAAAGUGUUAUUGAACAUUGUGACAAAAUCAAAUUCCUUCAUUUGAGUAAUCUUAAUGUUAUUGAUAAUCCUCGAUUAUUUAAAUUAAUCACCAAUUCAAGUGAUCACCUUAAAUAUCUUACACUGGAAUAUAACAAUUUUAAUUUGGAUAAUAAGGCUGAUUCAUUAGAAGGUUUGGGUCAAUUAUUAACAGGAACUUUAGAAUACUUAAAUCUAAACCUCCCUUUUAAUCCGGGAAGCCUGCGAACCUUCCUGAAUGGUUAUAGAGGUGGUAGAAUUAAGAAAUUGAUAAUCAGAAACAGAAACUAUAAUUCUACGCUUGAUACUUCAAACGCCCUAAAAGAUUUUGUUAAAACGAAGAAUCUAGAUUAUCUUUCUUAUAGAAUUGAGAAUGAAUAUUAUGAUGACAAUGUAAUUCAUGUUUUGGAAGAGCUGAUCAAGGAGAUUCUCAUCUACGUGAAG